GUGUGUCGAGCCGCCUGAGUCAUGAUUAUUCAGAUCGCUAGAGGUCGACCGUGCAUACCACUUACAAAAGAAUGCAUGUAAAUGACGCACACAAAGAUGGCGUCUGACAAUGCUUCCGCUGGUGUUUUCGUCCAAUUUGUACUCAACAACUUUCCUAUCGUAGUGUUUGCAGUAUUCGUAGGCGUUGGUUACUUCUUCUGGAAGCGGUACAGUGAUAACGGUGACGGUGGGUAUAAGAGCGGAGAACGUCUCGAUGGGAAAACGGUCAUCAUCACAGGAGCGAACAAAGGCACUGGAAAAGAGACAGCACGUGCUUUGGCAGCCAAAGGGGCCCGAGUCAUCCUGGCUUGCAGGGACAUCACGAAAGCGGAUGCAGCUGCCAGCGACAUCCGGCAAACCACCGGAAACGGAAAUGUCGUCGUGGAGGAGUUAAACUUGGCAUCUCUCGCCUCCAUUCGCAAGUUCGCCGCAAAAAUCAAGAAGAGAGAAACGAGCCUGGACAUUCUGAUAAACAAUGCAGCCGUAAGUGCUUGUUCAAAAUGGGUUACCGAAGACGGAUUUGACAGACAGUUUGCCACGAAUCACCUGGGUCACUUCCUACUGACCAACUUACUACUGGACCUACUGAAGACGUCUGCUCCCAGCAGGGUCAUCAUCGUCUCUGCCGUCUUGUACAAGAGAGGAAAGAUCAACUUUGACGACAUCAACGGCGAGAAGUCGUACAGUCCGCACGGGGCGUACUGUCAGUCCAUGUUAGCAAGCGUUCUGUUCAUGAGAGAGUUGGCCAGGAGGCUAGAAGGUACUGGUGUCACGGCUAACGCCCUCCAUCCGGGAGUCGUCAGUACCGAGCUGUCCCGUAACUUCUCCACAACUCUGGGCUGGAUAAUGCUGCUACUUGGUCCCUUCUUCACGGCCUGGGUCUACCUGUUCGCCAAGACCGCCAAACAAGGAGCACAAACCACUGUAAGACUCGCCGUGGACAAGGAACUAGAGACGACGUCCGGUGCUUACUUCAGUGACUGCAAGCCACAUGAAUUAGCUCCGGUUGGCAAGGAUGACGUCACAGCCAGGAAACUCUGGCAUGUCAGCGAAGAAAUGGUCGGACUGACCGGCUAACCUACUCUUACAAUUAGAUGAUCAGUGAACAUUGAAUUUCGUACAAUGGUAUAUACAAGAGUACGAAAUAUGUACAAGAAACCAAAGAAUAAUGAGAAAUAAAGAUAGAUAUGCAUAGGUAUAAAGCUGUAGAAAUAUUCAGAAAAAAGCGCAACAAGUUGAAGUAUAAUAGUCUGACUUCUCCAUAGAGAGUGUAUGUCAUUUGCCAUAGAGCAUCAGCCUUUCUGAUUUUACGUAAUGCUUAGCCGGGCUGCUCUAAUACGUAGUUUUUUCCCGGAAUUGGGAAACAAGUUUGUAAUGACUAGUAGUUUACUUAAAACUGUAUGAUGCUGUUUAAAUACACUUUUCAGGUCCCUUCUACGAGGUAAUUUCAGAAUUGUUGCCACAAUUUCAGCUUUUACAACUUAAGAGAUCGCCAAAAAAUUUCAUUUUUACAAAAAUCGCAAAACUUACUCAGUAUGUAGAACGUUGGACAGUUUAUAAACAAUUGUUUUUAAAGAAGAAGUUGAACCUAAUAACAGCAAAUGUAGCAUCAUAGUUGAUUAGACAUUCAUGAGAUUCAUGUACUUCAUUACUUUACUCUUACUUUGAAACUGUACCUACAAUUAGCCCUCGGGUGUGAUUUUUCAAAUAAAAGAUUCUUUUAUCAUCGUCCACGAAA